CAACCGCGAGUGGGAAAGGUUUACACGGCCGCGCACGCACCCAACCUCCCCAUUCCCGGUCCUCCAAGCGAGCGGAGGAGGGCAUGGGCCGUGCCGGUCGCGCCCACUUCCCCCUCCUCCUCCACUCCCACUCCCCAACGGCCGCCGCCUUAUUACCCGGCCGCCCCGCCUCCUCCCCCACCCCCCAGCUACUUAGCUAGUCCGCUGCUCUUCCGGUUAAAUCGUGCUCCCCAACCACCGGCAUCUCCCAAGAGCGCAGCUUCCAUGGCUUCUCAGUUGCGUCUGCUCGGCACCCCGACCUCCAUCGCCUUCCUCAUCCUCUCCUUCUUCCAAGGGUCGGUGUGCGGCAUCACGUUCACGUUCACCAACCGGUGCGGGGACACGGUGUGGCCGGGGUUGCUGUCGGGCUCCGGCACGCCGCCUCUGGAGAGCACCGGCUUCGCGCUCUCGCCGGGGCAAUCGCGCUCGCUGUACGCGCCCCAGGGGUGGUCGGGCCGCUUCUGGGGCCGGUCGGGCUGCGACUUCGACUCCUCCGGGAAGGGCUCCUGCUCCACGGGGGACUGCGGCUCCGGCGAGGUGGAGUGCCGCGGCGCGGGGGCGUCCCCGCCCGCCACGCUCGCUGAGUUCACCCUCGACGGCGCCGGCGGGAAGGACUUCUAUGACGUCAGCCUCGUCGACGGCUACAACCUGCCCAUGCUGGUCCAGGCGGCCGCGCCGGAUUGCCCCGACACGGGGUGCCUCAACGACCUCAACGAGCGCUGCCCCGACGAGCUCCGCGCCGACGACGGACGCGCGUGCCGCAGCGCGUGCGAGGCGUUCGGCAGCCCCGAGUACUGCUGCAACGGCGCCUACGGCAACCCCGAUACCUGCCACCCCUCCCAGUACUCGCAGCUCUUCAAGUCGGCGUGCCCCAAGUCCUACAGCUAUGCCUACGACGACGCCACCUCCACCUUCACCUGCAACCACACCGACUACACCAUCACCUUCUGCCCCAAAUCCACUCCAUUCAGCGGGAAAUCCAACAAGAACUCGUCACGGAGGCCAAGCCACGAGCAGCUGGAAGACGAAGUGUGGCUUGCGUCCUUGAAGGCCAGCGACGCUGGUGCGAUGAAAGCAACACCAUGGUUGGCAUCAGUUGCCCUCCAAUUUGCCCUGACAGUUGCAGUGGUGGUCAUGCUUGUUGGAGUGGAUCAUCCUCUCUUUAGCCUGCUAUGAUUUGGCAAGGUUGUGGCUCCCGAUCCAUAGGAGCGAUUCCAAGUUGUUUUCAGACCGAAAGAGGAUUAGAGCAAUAGGGAGGAGAAAUGGAGAGAUAAUAUUGUGUAGGCCUUUUUGUUUGUGGAUAGGGGUUAGAGAUUAUGAGACGUUUACAUGUUGGCAAUUGCAGUUCCAGGAAUGCAUUGCAUUGGUUCA